CGGCUCGCUCUCGCUCUCUUCGCCUUACUUCUCUCCUGAGCUCCACCUCAACCCCGUGCUCGCUACGCUUCCUCGAGCUCCGUUCCCUUCGCUCUGGUUUCGCGUGGGGGGCUACGCUAGCGCGGGUCUACGGGUCUAGAUGGAGUAAAUUUUCAUUCAUUCUGGGCAUGUCGCGUUGCUUUUGGCGGUUCUGGCGGCGGUGAAAAAAGCUUUCUUUUUUCCUUUCUGGGGGCUCGUGAAGGUGAAACGCUUAUCUACUACUGUCUGCCCCGUGCCCCGCCGACGCUGAGGCCCGACCUCAGUUCCAAAAUCCGUACUCGGCUCGGCGUGCCUGUCCUUCGGAGGAUUGGAGUCCACUGUGCUGGCGGCUGGCCUCGUGCGUCGCUUCCUGGUUCGUGGCUGCGUGUGAUUGGGACUGGAUCCAGGCAGCGAGCCUCUCGUGGAUUUGGCCCACUAGUAUAUCAGCUUGGAGUUGAGGAGAAUGGCUGUUGGUGGGACUCAACCAGUCCUUAGGAAGUACCUAGGCGCCCUCAAGGACACGACGACUGUGAGCUUGGCAAAAGUGAACAGUGAUUAUAAGGAAUUGGACAUUGCAAUCGUCAAGGCCACAAACCAUGUUGAGCGCCCAUCGAAGGAGAAGUACAUAAGAGAAAUUUUCCAUUCCAUUUCUGCUGCUAGGCCACGGGCAGAUGUAGCCUAUUGCAUUCAUGCCCUUGCUAGACGUCUUUCGAAGACGCGCAACUGGGCGGUUGCGCUCAAGACAUUGAUUGUCAUUCAUCGCGCCCUUCGGGAAGUUGAUCCCACUUUUCGUGAAGAGCUUAUUAGUUAUGGCAGAUCUAGGUCCCAUAUGUUGAACAUGGCCUACUUUAAGGAUGACUCUAGUGCAGAAGCUUGGGAUUAUUCUGCAUGGGUGCGCAUUUAUGCUUUAUAUUUAGAGGAGAGGCUCGAAUGUUUCCGAGUGUUGAAGUAUGAUGUAGAAACAGAUCCUCCGAGAACUAAGGAUCUUGAUACUGUUGCUUUGCUUGAUCAUCUACCAUCAUUGCAGCAACUCCUUUUCCGUCUUCUUGCUUGCCAGCCACAAGGAGCGUCGUCUUACAAUGUUAUAAUCCAGCAUGCACUCUCAAUGGUUGCUUUAGAGAGUAUUAAGAUCUACACUGCGAUUAGUGAUGGAACAAUCAAUCUAGUUGACAAGUUCUUCGAGAUGCAAAGAAAUGAUGCUGUUAGGGCACUUGAUGUAUACAAAAGAGCAACUAACCAGGCUGAACGACUUUCAGAGUUUUAUGAAGUGUGCAAAACUAUACACAUUGGGCGUGGUGAGAAAUUCCUGAAAAUCGAGCAGCCUCCAGCAUCAUUCCUGAAUACCAUGGAGGAGUAUGUUAGAGAUGCUCCAACAGGUCAAAAAGAGAAGGCUAUACUAGCGAUAGAAUACAAAAAAGAGCCAGAGGAGGAAGAAAAACCGUCCUCACCUCCUGCGGCUCCAGAACCAGAACCGGAACAAGUGCCUGAGCCAGAACCCGAGCCAGUGAAAGAGGAAGCACCAGAAGCUGAACCAGAUUUGCUGGGUCUGAACGAACCCAACCCUGCUGCAACUGCGAUAGAAGAGCAGAAUGCUUUGGCGCUAGCCAUUGUUCCGAUAGAUGAUGCUCCGAAAGCUGCUCCCACUUUUGGAAAUGGAGUCACUGGCUGGGAACUGGCCCUUGUGACAGCACCAAGUUCAAAUGAGACCGCCGUUGCCCCAAGCAAGAAACUGGCCGGUGGUCUGGACUUGCUGACCCUUGACAGCCUGUACGACGAGGCGAACCGGAGAGCGAGCCAGCCAGCAAGCUACAACCCCUGGGAGGCGACCCCCGCCGCGCCUGCCCCGAUGAUGACCAUGGCGCCGGUGAUGCACGACCCGUUCUACGCCUCGAACGGGUACGCUGCGCCGCACGGCGUGCAGAUGGCGGCGAUGGCGCAGCAGCAGCAGGCCUUCAUGCUGCAGCAGCAGCAGAUGAUGACGAUGGCCCCGGCGCAGCCGGUGGUCCACCACCCGAUGCAGAUGCAGCAGAACCCCGCGAACCCGUUCGGCAACCCCUUCGCGGCCGCCGGCAUGCCGCUCCACGCCGGGCCCGGCAACGUGUACACGGGGCUGAUCUGAUCCGGUCCGGCGGUCCAUUUCUUGGUCUGCAUUAGCGCUGCUGUUACCACAUCAUUCAUUCUUUUUUGCCCGAGUUUUCUUGUUGCCAUUGUGAGAAGGAAAUUUGUAGCACAGACACAGACACAGGUAGAGUGUAUUAUAGCGUCGGUCGGAGUGUAUAGCAAGCAGGGGGUCGUCAUCAGUGGUAUCCCGUACGUAGAAGGUGAUUGCAUGUAUAUUAUACACACAGAGUUUGGUCACCUGUUCAUGUGCAGUUGAGAGUCCAUUCUUGCGGCGAGGAGACGCGGCACGGCGCCACGUCGAGAUUGAGAUUGGAUUAUUCUUAACAUUGGAUACGGUUGAAUAAUGCAGCAGCCAUUCUUUUUAGCA